AUUCAUUACCCGUAGAAGAUCCUGAAUUUAAAGGCCGUCCAGAUUGCUUCAGUUCUCUCUGAAAUUGUUUCACAUCUUCGGUAACAUUAGUGUGAGUGUGGGGGGUCGGUAGCUAAAUUUAAUCGCAGCCUCUGCUUCGGUUUUAUUCUGUUGAGGGUACCUGGAGACAUGGACUCACAUGGCGGCAAUGGACCAGCAAAGAAAGGACCCAACUUUCCCAGAGAUUCGCGCGGUUCGCUCGAAGUCUUCAACCCAUCAACCUACUCUUCUCGGACCACUAACCCAGUUUUCCAAUCGUCGUGGAACACCUGGGAUGAACCGCCGCCGGCGACCGUCGCCAGUACUAUUGCACCGCCACCACUACCCAAUCCGCCGCUAGGUGAACUUUUCGCCAGAUCUUCUGACAGUAGAGCUAAUAAUGCCGAGGAAAUCGUCCCGUGGAUGGCCAUCAAGGAGCCUGCUCCGCCGCUUGCCGCCGCCAUCAAGUCUCCGGUGAAGAAGGCAAAUGAGGUCGGCGCCGCCGCUGAAAGGGCCGCAGAGUGGGGGCUUGUUCUCAAAACUGACGACGAGACUGGUAAGCCUCAAGGGGUUAAAGUCAGAACUUCCGGCGAAGAGGCGAACAAAAGGGUCUCCGGCAACUCUGUCCGAAGCUCCGGCGAUUCGUACGAUGAAGGAACCGGGAAAGAGAAAGGAAUUCCGAGAAUCUCGGAGGAUCUAAGGGAUGCUUUAUCGGCAUUUCAACAAACGUUUGUGGUGUCGGAUGCAACCAAACCCGAUUACCCGAUAAUGUAUGCUAGUGCUGGGUUUGUCAAGAUGACCGGUUACACCUCCAAUGAAAUCAUUGGCAGGAAUUGUCGGUUCAUGCAAGGAUCGGAUACGGAUCCCAAGGACGUGGCCAAGAUUCGGGAAGCUUUACAAUCCGGGUCAAGUUAUUGUGGGAGAUUGUUGAAUUACAAGAAAGACGGCACACCUUUUUGGAAUCUCCUCACCAUUGCUCCUAUUAAGGAUGAAACUGGCAAAGUACUCAAAUUUAUUGGAAUGCAAGUGGAGGUUAGCAAGCACACGGAAGGAUUAAAGGAAAAAGUGGUCCGUCCAAACGGGCUUCCAGAAUCAUUGAUCCGAUACGAUGCUCGACAGAAGGAAGCUGCCACAAAUACAGUGAUCGAUCUCGUUGAGGCAGUGAAGAAGCCUUCCCGAGCAAGAGCACUUAGCGAAUCCACUCAUAAUCAUCCUUUCCUCCGGAAGUCCAGCGGCGGCAGCGAAAAGGAACGUUCUGAUGCCGUUAAUAAUGACGGAAACCGGAAUUCAGAGAGCAAAACUCCGCCGGCUAGACGCCAUUCCCAUGCCGGCACGAGAACCUCCUUGAAGAAGAUGGAGAAGAUCAGCGAAGUUACAGACGAGAAGAAACCCAAGAAAGCUAGGCGUCCCUCUUUCAUGAGGAAGUUAAAAAAAUCUCGACCAAGUACUAGUAGCUUUGAGGAUAAAUUCGAGACAGAUUUCACCAUGCAUGACGAUGAAGAUGAUGUUGACUUCGAGACUGACGACGACGAUGCACGACCAGACAGCGUUGACGAUAAAGUGAGGAGAAAGGAGAUGAGAAAGGGUAUUGACUUGGCUACCACUCUUGAACGUAUUGAGAAAAACUUUGUCAUUACCGAUCCGAGGCUGCCCGAUAACCCCAUCAUAUUUGCAUCUGAUAGCUUCUUAGAGCUUACAGAGUAUAGUCGAGAAGAGAUUCUUGGAAGAAAUUGCAGGUUCCUUCAAGGACCCGAAACUAAUCCCGCUACAGUACGGAAAAUCAGAGAAGCAAUUGAUACUCAGACCGAUGUCACCGUCCAGCUCAUCAAUUACACCAAGACUGGGAAGAAGUUCUGGAACUUGUUCCAUUUGCAGCCUAUGCGUGAUCAAAGGGGAGAAGUACAAUACUUUAUUGGAGUGCAAUUAGAUGGAAGCCAACAUGUCGAACCGCUUUAUAACUGUAUUCCUCAGGACAAGGCUAAUGAGAGUGCUCAGCUGGUAAAGAAAACAGCUGAAAAUAUUGAUGAAGCUGUCAGAGAACUUCCGGAUGCGAAUAUGAAACCAGAGGAUUUGUGGAUGAAUCAUUCAAAGGUGGUUCACCCAAAGCCUCAUAGGAAGGAUACCCCAUCAUGGAAAGCUAUUCAGAAGAUUCUGGCUAGUGGUGAAGAAAUAGGCCUAAAGCAUUUCAGACCAGUAAAACCAUUGGGGUCUGGUGAUACUGGCUAUGUGCACUUAGUGGAACUAUGUGAAACUGGUCAAUAUUUUGCUAUGAAAGCUAUGGAUAAGAAUACUAUGCUCAACCGUAACAAGGUUCACAGGGCUUGUGCAGAAAGAGAGAUCCUUGAUAUGUUAGAUCACCCAUUUCUUCCAGCACUAUAUGCUUCAUUUCAGACCAAAACUCAUGUUUGUCUAAUAAGUGACUACUGCCCUGGAGGCGAGCUAUUCCUCCUCUUGGACAGUCAACCUACAAAAGUGUUGAAGGAAGAUGCUGCAAGAUUCUAUGCGGCAGAAGUUGUAGUGGCACUGGAGUACCUUCACUGUCAAGGAAUAAUUUAUAGGGAUUUGAAGCCUGAAAAUGUUUUGAUUCAGAGUAGUGGACACAUAUCAUUAACUGAUUUUGACUUGUCAUGCUUGACAUCUUGCAAGCCACAGCUUCUAGUUCGUGAAGCCAAUGAGAAGAAAAAGCAUCAAAAAGCCCAACAGAAUCCAAUUUUCAUGGCUGAACCAAUGCGAGCUUCAAAUUCUUUUGUUGGAACUGAAGAAUAUAUAGCUCCGGAAAUCAUAACUGGAGCAGGGCAUACUAGUGCAGUGGACUGGUGGGCUCUUGGCAUUCUUCUGUAUGAAAUGUUCUAUGGAUAUACACCCUUCAGGGGCAAGACAAGACAGAAGACAUUCGCUAAUAUUUUGCACAAGGAUCUGAAAUUUCCAGGAAGCAUACAGGUUAGUCUGCCAGCAAAGCAGCUAAUGUACCGAUUGCUGCACAGAGAUCCUAAAAACAGGUUGGGAUCACGUGAAGGGGCGAACGAGAUCAAACAACAUCCAUUCUUUAAAGGUGUUAAUUGGGCUUUAAUCCGAUGCAUGAGCCCUCCAAAACUAGAUGCUCCUUGUUCCCAAACAAAUGGAGAUGGGAAUGAAGAAAAAGCCGACUCUGGAAUGGAGGACUUGCAAGCAAAUAUCUUCUAAAGGAGGCAGAGGCAAAGCCUAUACAACUAACAUUCAACAGUCAAGUGGUACUGCAUAUUAAUCAAGUAAUGUCUCUACUAAGAGAUGAUCAAUGUUCUUGCCUGAUUGCAGAAACGAAAGUGACAUGUUUCUAGAUCAGUGCAAGCUGUAGGGAUGAAAAAGAAAUGAAAGGGCAAAUCUGGAUUUCCUGCAGCUUUACAUUUACUGUUUUGUCGUUUUUAUUUUUUCUCUGCUCUUUGGUAAUUGUAAAGCAAUUUUUUUGGGUUUCCUUUUGUUUACCAUUAACAGUUUAAUAUGUUUAUACAUUUUAUGAUGUUUACCAUUUUUUAGUUGAAGUUCCCUAUUUAAAUUUAGAUUAAUUACCCCUGUUAUUGGGCUAAGUAUGGCCUCAAUCAGGAUUAUUCACGUGA